GAACCCACCGCGCUCACUCCGCUCUCUGCUCCCGCCGGGGCAACAUGCGUGUUCUCACCCCCCUAGUCUCCUUCCUAAUCCUCGGAUCAGUCAGCUCACUGCCACAGAAAUACUGCCCUCUAAAAUGUGAGUGUGACAAGAAAAUCGUGAGGUGCCUCAACCAAGGACUGCUGGCCGUGCCCAAAGUUGCCAAGGAUGUGCUCACACUAGACGUCCGCUUCAACCGCAUCUCGAGUCUCCCUCCAGGGGUGUUCAGCCACAUCGCGCCCCUCCGAUCACUCCUGCUCAAUGACAACCAGCUCCCGGCUCUCCGCUCCGGGGCGUUCCGGGGGUUGGGAAGCCUGGUCUACCUGUACCUUUACAGGAACCACAUCAGGCACAUAGACGAAGAUGUGUUCGACGGACUGCCGCAUUUGAAGCAACUGUACUUGCACGUGAAUGAAAUCAAACACAUAAGCCCUGCAACUUUCCAUAAUUUGCCAAUGCUCGACCGACUCUACCUACACCACAACCUCUUGGAGUCUCUCCCCUCGGGCUCCUUCCCCGGGCGACGGCUGCGGGCGCUGCGGCUCGACGGCAACGCGCUCGUGUGUGACUGCGCGCUGCUCUGGCUGCUGCAGCUGGCUCGGACAGGCCUGCGGUUAGACGCCACGUGCCACGCGCCAGCGGCCGUCGCCGGCGCCGCGCUUGCGAGUAUUGAGCUGAAGGAUUUCCAUUGCCGCCAACCAGAAAUCAUGACAGAGCCGCAAGACGUGAUCGUGAAAUACGGCGAAGACGCCAUGUUCACCUGUAUGGUGGCCGGCGAACCAGAACCCGAGAUAGUCUGGCUUCAUGACUCUGCGGAGAUUCCUCUCCAGUCCCAGCGGUACGAGGUGAUGGGCAACGGCAGUCUGAUGGUGCACGGAGCCGAGCAGGCCGACCUCGGGUACUUCGAGUGCGUGGCGCGGAACCCCGUCGGGAGAGCCAGGUCCAAGCCCGCCAAGAUGAUGGUCGUCAGUAAUGGAGAUAAACCUAUAUUGGUAGCCGUACCCUCUGAAUCGAAGGUGAAAGCUGGCGAGUCCGUCAUGUUCGACUGCAAGGCGAUAGGGAACCCGGUCCCGCACUUGUCGUGGCACUUCAACGGCGAAAGGCUCUUGUUGAAUGAACGUACUAGCUUGAAGAAAAAUGGCUCAAUUUAUAUUGAGAACGUGGAAACGGCUGAUGCAGGCCAGUACACGUGCCGGGCCGAGAAUAUCCACGGAGAGGCCUCGGCAUCCGCCAAACUGGAAGUUCUCAUGGCUCCAGUGUUCACUGUGACUCCGUCAGAUCAGACUGUAGUAUUUGGAGAUCGCGUCGAGAUCAGCUGUAAAGCUGAAGGCAUACCUACACCAGAAAUACAAUGGUACAGACACACGUCAGAACUUCUUGCAAGCGAUAAUAUUAUAUUGAGGAAUUACAAUCAAAACCUUACAAUCCUAGAAGUAUCAUAUGACGACAGUGGCCUAUAUCACUGCCGAGCCACGAACUCUGAAGGAUUCAAAGAGGUUACGGCAGAGCUGGUUGUGAAUGAAGUGGCCGUCAUCAAACCUCACAUCAUUCUUAAACCAACAGACACCGAGGCUUACAAAGAGACCACAGUGCAAUUAUUUUGUGAAAUUGAAAGCGAACCUGCAGCCACUGUAGAGUGGCGUAAAGAUGGAACACGCUUUUAUGAGGAAGAUUCAUCCAUUAGAGAUAAUAGAAUUUACAUCACUAACAUUGGUAAUUUAAUUAUCAACAACCUAACCCUGGCUGAUGCGGGUACAUACGAGUGUUCAGCUUUCAACGAAUAUGGCAGAGAUACCGCGUCUAUAUUCUUAACUGUUAAGAAUAAGAGAAUACCCAGUGACGAAUACGUUAACAUGGCAUUAACGGAAGCUGCUAGAGAUGUGGAUCAGGCAAUAGCGAGAACCAUAGAGCAUCUGUUCCACAAUAACAGCGGUAAUGUUGGAGUUCACGAUCUGUUCAAAAUAUCGAAGUAUCCGAAUGCACCGGCGCGUGAUAUAGCUCGAGCAGCUGAAAUAUAUGAACGCACGUUGUCUAAAGUAAAGACUUACAUUGAAUCUGGAUUGAAAGCUAAUGCUACUGCACCCUUCGACUACCAAAAUUUACUUUCAACAAAGCACUUGGAUGUGAUAGCGCGUCUAUCAGGGUGCACCGCCCAUAGGGAACAGAAAAACUGCUCGGAUUUGUCUUAUCAUAAUCACUAUCGUAGUAUCGAUGGAUCUUGCAACAACUUUGCUCAUCCCAUGUGGGGAUCCUCACUGACUGGAUUCCGGAGAAUUCUUCCCCCUAUCUACGAGAACGGCUUCAGCGAACCGGUUGGCUGGAACAAGGAUAUCCUAUACAAUAACUACAAGUUACCAAGUGCCAGGCUCGUUUCUACCAAAAUUAUAACUACCAAGGAAAUCACUGAGGAUGUGGAGAUAACCCAUAUGACCAUGCAGUGGGGACAAUGGCUGGAUCACGAUCUGGAUCACCAGUUGCCAUCGGUGAGCUCUCAAACUUGGGACGGAGUCGACUGCAAGAAAACAUGCGACUAUGCUGCGCCAUGCUUCCCUAUAGAUGUGCCGCCUAACGACCCCAGAGUUACGAACAGACGAUGCAUAGACUUCGUUAGAACCAGCUCCGUAUGUGGAUCCGGCAUGACUUCCGUGCUCUUUGGAAGUCUCCAACCGAGGGAACAAAUCAAUCAGUUAACGUCGUUUAUUGAUGCAUCGCAAGUAUACGGAUUCGAAAGGAUCGUAGCAGAGGACCUCCGGGACAUGACUCCCAACGAGGGGUUGCUGAGGGUCGGGGCUAGUUUCCCUGGGAAGAAGCCGUUGUUGCCUACCAUCGGAGUGAACGGCAUGGACUGCCGCAUAAACCGCGACGUGGACACCAGCAACCGCAACUGCUUCGUGGCCGGCGACAUCCGCGCCAACGAACAGAUCGGCCUCGCCGCCAUGCACACCAUAUUUGUGAGGGAACACAAUAGAAUAGCAUCCAUUUUAAAAACGCUGAACCCCGACUGGCACGGGAAUAAAACUUACCAACAAGCUAGAAGCAUUGUCGGGGCUCAGAUGCAGUUUAUAACUUACGAGCAAUGGCUACCUCUGGUUAUUGGGCCUGAAGGGUAUGAAAAACUAGGGCAAUACAAAGGUUACGAUAGUAAUCUGAAUCCAUCGAUAUCUAAUGUGUUUUCGACAGCUGCUCUUAGGUUCGGCCACUCGAUGAUCAAUCCGGUGCUGCAUCGCUAUGAUGAGAACUUCGAGCCGAUACCCCAGGGGCACCUGCAGUUGCGUCACGCAUUCUUCGCUCCAUACAGACUGAUCGACGAAGGUGGAGUGGACCCGUUGUUCCGGGGAAUGUUCACCACGCCAGCUAAACUGAAAACUCCGACGCAGAACCUGAACUCCGAGCUAACUGAGCAACUGUUCCACACGGCUCACGCAGUUGCUUUAGAUUUAGCAGCAAUCAAUGUGCAAAGAGGUCGAGACCACGCAAUCCCGCCUUACGUGAAGUGGCGUCAGAUCUGCAACAUGUCGACUGUGGAAACCUUCGACGAUUUGCGGGGUGAGAUUUCUGAUGCUGGGGUGCGGGAAAAGCUGAAGGAGCUCUACGGAACUCCUCUAAACAUUGACGUGUGGGUGGGGGGUAUCUUGGAGGACCAGGUGGAGGGCGGGAAGGUGGGGCCUCUAUUCAGGUGCUUGUUGCUGGAGCAGUUCCAGCGGCUCCGCGCCGGCGACCGGUUCUGGUAUGAAAACCCGUCGGUGUUCACCCCUCAGCAACUGGAGCAGAUAAAACAGACGAGUUUUGCCCGGAUUCUGUGUGACAAUGGGGACAACAUAGACACGGUAGCGGAAAAUGUGUUCCUUCUGCCGGAGCUGCAGGGCGGGCUGAUGGCGUGUGAGGAUAUACCUGGUAUAGACUUCACGCCCUGGACCGAUUGUGAAACGUGCAGUAACGAGGUGGACGACAGGAAUGUGUGAGAUUUUGGACUUUCAUCUGGGUUCUUGCAUCAUACUUAUGGAUUUUAUUAACAAAAAAUAUAUAAAAAUGAUAUAAAAUUGUA